AGUUUGUUCGAUGACCGACUCGUUCGUUGUGCGGCUAUAAUAUUUUUUCACUUUUAAAAGUUUUAAACAAAUUUUAAACUUUUCAACGUUCGAAAUAGUUACCCCGUGUUCCAAACUCUUGGAAUUUCUACGUUUAUUUCUGUUUAAAUAUAUUAAAAAACUAACUCAAUAUGUGUGACGAAGAAGUAGCCGCAUUGGUAGUAGACAAUGGAUCUGGUAUGUGCAAAGCCGGUUUUGCCGGAGAUGACGCACCUCGUGCUGUGUUCCCAUCUAUUGUUGGACGUCCCCGUCAUCAGGGAGUCAUGGUUGGUAUGGGACAAAAAGACAGCUAUGUAGGAGAUGAAGCACAAUCCAAAAGAGGUAUUCUUACCUUGAAAUACCCAAUUGAACACGGUAUUGUCACCAACUGGGACGAUAUGGAAAAAAUUUGGCAUCACACUUUCUACAAUGAAUUGCGUGUAGCCCCAGAAGAACACCCAGUAUUACUCACAGAAGCUCCUUUGAACCCCAAGGCUAACCGUGAAAAGAUGACACAAAUCAUGUUUGAGACAUUCAACACUCCGGCUAUGUAUGUUGCUAUCCAAGCUGUACUUUCAUUGUAUGCUUCUGGUCGUACCACUGGUAUCGUCUUGGAUUCUGGUGAUGGUGUAUCUCACACUGUCCCAAUCUAUGAAGGUUAUGCUUUACCUCAUGCUAUCCUUCGUCUCGAUCUCGCUGGCCGUGAUCUCACCGACUACCUAAUGAAAAUCUUAACCGAACGUGGUUACAGUUUCACUACCACUGCUGAACGAGAAAUUGUUCGUGAUAUCAAGGAAAAAUUGUGCUAUGUUGCUUUGGACUUCGAACAAGAAAUGGCUACUGCUGCUUCUUCCAGCUCAUUGGAGAAAUCCUAUGAAUUGCCUGAUGGUCAAGUCAUCACAAUUGGAAACGAAAGAUUCCGUUGCCCAGAAGCUCUUUUCCAACCUUCAUUCUUAGGAAUGGAAGCAUGUGGUAUCCACGAAACUACAUACAACUCCAUCAUGAAGUGUGAUGUAGAUAUCCGUAAGGACUUGUACGCCAACACUGUAUUGUCUGGAGGUACCACCAUGUACCCUGGUAUUGCUGACAGAAUGCAAAAAGAAAUUACUGCUUUGGCUCCAUCUACAAUGAAAAUCAAGAUCAUUGCCCCACCUGAGCGAAAAUACUCAGUAUGGAUUGGAGGAUCUAUCUUGGCUUCUCUGUCUACCUUCCAACAGAUGUGGAUCUCCAAACAGGAGUACGAUGAAUCAGGCCCAUCCAUUGUGCACAGAAAGUGCUUCUAAAUACUUUUAUAUUUAUUUUCCUAAAAAACUGUAUUUUUAUUUGAAUUUUUUCCUGUAUUUUAUAUUUUAAUAAGAAUCAAAAUUAUAAAAAAAAAAAAAAUCCGAUGCAUUAGGCCUACAUUCCAGUAAGUUAUUUACAGCUCAAAGCAUUCCUUUAUCAUAGCACGUCUGCUUUUGAUUUAUAAUUUUUUAUACUGACUGAAUGAAAAGAGAAUAUAAUUAAAUGUAUUUAUUUAAUAAUUA